AUGGGAUCACUUUCUGAAAUUAUUCACUUGUCUCGGAAUCGAAGCAGAUUUUUGUGGAUUGUUGCUAUUAUUUGUUUCAUUAUUUUAUUUAUUUCAUUUGCCUUGUAUCAACAUUCAUUACUUUCUACUAUUCGGAGAAGAUCACCACCUCUCACAAAGAGUCAAUUCGAAAACACUGAAAAGCACAAGAUGGAACAACAUGAAGAAAUUUUGAAUGAUGAAAGGAACAAUGCCAACAAAAUUCAGCAAACGAAAACAAACAAUGAAAGAGACAAAACAUUUAAUCAAAAUACUGUGAGAGAUGUUGUCACACAACCAAACACAGAAACAAUAUAUCCAUUCCAUCCAUAUGCCCACAUCUUCUAUUAUGCAUGGUAUCGGAAUGAAAAAAUUGAUGGAAAGUAUGAACAUUGGAAUCAUAAAGUAUUGCCACAUUGGACGAAACAUACCAAUGAUCAAUACAAUCAUUUAAUUGGAAAACCCCACGAUCCGAGAAAGAUGGAAUUGGCAACAAACUUUUUUCCUUCACGAGGCGCCUAUUCGAGCACUGAUCGAGAAACUGUUCUCGAACAAUUCAAGGAAAUUCGAAAAGCAAACGUUCAUGUGAUUGUAUUGAGUUGGUGGGGAGUUUUGGAGGCUGAUGAAAAUGGUUCAAAUACCGAAAUAAUUACCCCUUUUAUUAUGAAAUGUGCAGAAGAGGUGGGCUUGCAAGUAAUUUUUCACAUGGAGCCCUAUGCUAAACGAAGUGCCGAAAGUAUUAAGAGAGAUGUUAUGUAUGUCAUUGACACGUAUGGAAAAUCAUCUGCAUUUUUCAAAUUUAAUGGAAAACCGCUUUUUUACUUUUACGAUUCUUAUAUACUUUCUUCUGAGGAAUGGAGAAAAAUUUUGUCACCUGAAUCGUCACAAACACUUAGAAAUACGCCAUAUGAUGCUAUAUUUAUAGGACUCUACCUUAAUUCUGCAAUGAGAAAUACAUUGAAAGAAUCGAAUUUUGAUGGAUUUUAUACAUAUUUUGCUGCCGAUCGUUUCACGGAAGGAUCGACAUCCUCUAAUUGGAAAGAAAUUAAUGAAUGGGCCUCGUCAAACUAUUUACUAUUUAUUCCUUCGGUCGCACCUGGAUACAUUGAUGAGAAAAUUAGACCAUGGAAUUCCGCCAACACCAAACCUAGAAAUGACGGCAAGUAUUAUGAAAACAUGUUCAACACUGCUCUGAGUUUGACUCCACUUCCAAGCUUUAUUACCAUCACUUCGUACAAUGAGUGGCAUGAAGGUACUCAAAUCGAGCUUGCCAUUCCUAAAAACAUUCCAGAGACAGAAGAUCUCUUUUCUAGAGCAGCCGCGAAAUAUCUUGACUAUUUACCUCACGAUCCAGAUUAUUAUUUAAAACUUACGGCAGAUUAUGUACAGAAAUAUAGCUCAAGCUUACAAAAAAAAAUACUCAACACAAGUUUCUCUCAAAUUUUCAUCAUGAUCAAGAAUUCAACUCGAACUCUCCUCUCUCAACUCUCCAGAAAGAGUACCAAGGUUGUUGCUCCUCUCCUUCUCAACAACUCUCGUUCCUUCUCGACCUCUCUCUCCCAAACUCUCACUCCAACCUAUCCACCAACCAACAAUUCUCACAAACUCUUCAACACUGAGAAGGCAGGAAAGGCAAUCGGACCCUACAGCCACUGCACAGUCUUCAAUGAAAGAUUAAUUUUCGUUUCUGGUCAACUUGGAAUUGAUCCUACCAGUGGUACAUUGGUGGAAGGAUUGGAAGGACAAUGCCAUCAAGCUCUCAAGAAUAUGCAAGCUAUUUUGGAGGGAGCUGGAAGUGGAAUGGAUUGUGUCUUGAAGACGACCAUCUUGUUGACCGAUAUGGCUCACUUUGAAGUGGUGAAUAAGAUUUAUGAAAGCUACUUCUCCAAGAAUAAGCCAGCACGUGCAACUUUUGCUGUGAAGGCUUUGCCAAAGGGAGGUGUUGUUGAAAUUGAAGCUAUUGCUUAUCAAAGGGUCACUCCUCAACAUCAAUAA